CCUCAGAGUGAUUUUUUCUGUUUUUGUUGUCGCUGUUGCUGUGGGUGGGGGGGUGCCAUGUUCGACUGUAUGGAGGCUCUGGGCAUGGGCCCCCGGCAGCUCUAUGACGUCACCAGCCGCGGUGCGUGCAUGCUACGGAAGGCGAGCCCCUUCUUCGCGGGUCUGGACCCGUUCGCGUGGACAGGAAGUGCCAGCGUCCAGUCGGUGGAGACCCAGAGCACCAGCUCGGAGGAGAUGGUACCCAGUUCUCCGUCUCCACCUCCCCCACCUCGCAUCUACAAGCCCUGCUUUGUGUGCCAGGACAAGUCCUCGGGGUACCACUACGGGGUCAGCUCCUGUGAGGGCUGCAAGGGUUUCUUCCGGCGCAGUAUCCAGAAGAACAUGGUGUACACCUGCCACCGAGACAAGAACUGUCAGAUUAACAAGGUCACACGCAACCGCUGCCAGUACUGCAGGCUGCAGAAAUGCUUCGAGGUCGGCAUGUCCAAGGAAGCGGUACGCAACGACCGGAACAAGAAGAAGAAGGACGUGAAGGAGGAGGUGGUGCUUCCCGAGAGCUACGAGCUGAGUGGAGAGCUGGAGGAGUUGGUCAACAAAGUCAGCAAAGCUCACCAAGAAACCUUCCCGUCGCUGGGCCAGUUGGGCAAAUACCACACCAACUCCAGCUCAGACCACCGUGUCCAGCUGGAUCUGGGUCUCUGGGACAAGUUCAGCGAGCUCUCCACCAAAUGCAUCAUCAAGAUUGUGGAGUUCGCCAAGCGGCUGCCAGGGUUCACCACCCUCACCAUCGCCGACCAGAUCACUCUGCUGAAGUCGGCCUGCCUGGACAUACUGAUGCUGAGGAUCUGCACACGCUACACCCCAGAGCAGGACACCAUGACCUUCUCCGAUGGCCUGACUCUGAACCGCACUCAGAUGCACAACGCCGGCUUCGGACCCCUCACAGACCUGGUGUUCGCCUUCGCUGGCCAGCUUCUACCCCUGGAGAUGGACGACACAGAAACCGGCCUCCUCAGCGCCAUCUGCCUCAUCUGCGGAGAUCGUAUGGAUCUGGAAGAGCCCCAGAAAGUGGAUAAGCUGCAGGAGCCUCUUCUUGAGGCUCUGAAGAUCUACGCUCGCCGCCGCCGCCCCAACAAGCCGCACAUGUUCCCCCGCAUGCUGAUGAAGAUCACUGACCUCAGGGGCAUCAGCACCAAGGGUGCAGAGAGAGCCAUCACUCUGAAGAUGGAGAUCCCCGGGCCGAUGCCUCCGUUGAUCAGGGAGAUGCUGGAGAACCCGGAAGCUUUCGAAGACCAAACGGAGAGCAACGACAGCCCGCCGCCUCCGCCGCCGCCCCCCCCACCUCCAGCACCGGCUCUGGUCCUGAAGCAGGAGGCCGAGGACGAGGACGACAGCUGGGCCACAGAGAACGGCAGCGAGCCGUCGCCGGAGGAGGAGGAGGACGACGAGGACGACGACGGCGGGGAUGAAGAGCGGGACAGGGGCUCGGACAGUGAGGGGGAGUCCUGGGGGGUUCUGGAGGGCACAGACGGGUCGAGGAAAGGCCUUUUCGGGAGGGCCCAGUGAACAGAGCAUUUCAUACACACACACAGUACAUACACACAUACACACAUACAGUACAGACACGCAGCACAACCUCACCCACUGUCCCACCUCAAGAAAAUGCUGGCCCUCCCUCCCACCCACCCCCGAUCUCUCUCUUUACUACACAUCACUGUGUCCUCCUCGGUGGAGCACAGCAGAGCCUUAUGUGUACAGACGCUCCCAACUCAGGCCACACGGUCCAUGACAAGUGAACUACAGAGACAGUAAAGUAAAGGAGAGAUGACGGGAAAAACCAUAUGAACUCGUGGCGCAGCCGAGAGGGAAGCAAACGUGACAAAAAGAACACGACCUCUUUGAGAAAGCGAAAAUGUCUCUUUUUUUUCUUUUCUUUUUCCUGCUAUUUUCCUUUUUGUUUAUAUCUAAAUAGGGGAACGGCCAAAACCAGACAUCAGAACCGAGCAGUUGACUCCGACGGACGACAACAAGCACAUUUCUCAAAAAAAGAAAAACAAGAGUACAGGGCAAAACCAAAUGGAGUAUGCUAAUCGUUUGUUUUUAUUUGUGGUUAUUUGCUUUUGAAUACUGUUUUUUUUUCAAUUUAUGAUUUAAGUCCAUACAUAUCUAUAUACCAUUAUAUUUUGUCUUUACGUGUUAUUCUGGUUUUAUAUAUGAAUUCUUUUGACGAGUUGUUUCUUUGAAGAGCUUUCCUGAGAAGAUAUUCAGAGGGAAAGGAGGGUUAAUCCGAACUGGCUGGGUCUUCCGUAACAGCUGCUCGUGUUUGGCUGGGGCUUGUUUUUGGGCACUUUGGCUCACUGUGGAUGUCGAUGAUAAUCAAACCCAGAGACCUAUUGUUAUGUCGCAGUAACUUAAUCAGUUUCUGUCAUCAGGGAAUUGGCAUUAUUCUAUUUUGAUCUCGCUGCAGCCAACAUGCGCCGUCAAUGCCGAAAGGUCAAGUUAUCUUUGUGCCAAAGUUAGGAUCAGCGUGAAUUUGACUACUGGCCGGGACUCCAGCCACGAUGCAGCGCUCACUCACACGUGCACUAAUACAAAUACACCCUUGAUCUCAUGCACAGUAAAGCAUAUGACACACACACACACACAGACACACACUCCUCUCACUCCACCCUCAGCUGUAGCAGAUGUCCAGCCUGGCAUCGAGUCCCCGGACAGAGAUUUACACUCGACCGUAUACGUAGCACUUUUGUGAUCCUCUGUCCGAGUGAGGCUGAGAGUGAGGACACUGUUGAUGUCUCCGUUAGCAAGUCCAGGAUGAGGACAGCGUCAACACAUGAAAUACAAUCAACCCGAGAGCACUCCCAAGUGAUGCCAGUAGCCAAAAUACACACACACACACACACACGAGAAAAACCAACCAUCCACACGUCGUAGCAACAUUAUGCAUCAACACAAUAAUCAAAGACAUAUGCAAAGUGGAGAGCAGGAAUCCUUGUGGGAGACACGUUGGAAUCAGACUCAGGGCUUUUCAGUAAGGACCAAACCCCCUAGCUGCUUUUCAGGCACGCUAGACAACAGGCAAUAUUUAUGUGUGUGUUCUUGAAGCCGUUUUCGAUCAGCUCAACCCCUCAGCGUGUACAUAGAAGGUGACAGGUCUGAAAAAACAGCAUAGAUGCCAGUCUCUCAGAGGGGAGGGGGGGGCAACUCAUCAUCGUCGUCAUUGUCGUCGUCACCACCCCCCCCCCCCUUGUGCUCGCAGCUGGCAUCCAUGCCGACGCAACUACCUUCUCAUCCCAAAAGCCAUUAUAUCAUCUUGUCUUGUGUAUAUCCCUACUUCUCUCUUAAAGGAGGCGUGGAGGACUCUGUGUUCUCGUGUAUCAUUUCUUUAUUGCCAAAAUGUCUCAGUAGAGAUUCAGCUGAUAUACAGUACAGAUGUUAUUUUUUUUUUCGGUCUCUCUUCGAAGCAAUAUGAACGUUCUCUCUGUAGCGGUGAGAGUUCCCAUCUUUGGAAUAUGGGCAGGUCUCCUCAUCUAGAGUUGUGCGAGAGAGUGUGAGUGUGCGCGUGUGAGUGUGUGUGUGUGUAUGGGUUUGUGUGUGAAUGCAGUAACAUGUUUUCAGUCAUUGGGGGAAUGUCCUUGGUUUGGUGCUCUCACACACAAAAAAAAAACCCUCCCGUGUGAUGACCUCAUCCUCUCUCUCUGCCGGGCUGUCAGGAUAUUAAUGAUGGUGACGCAGGAAGAACAUUGAGAUUAUGUUGUUUUUUGUUUUUGUUUCUCAACAUGGCCAAGGUGUUGUCUACCCUCUGUUUAUGUCAACUCUUGUCAUACAAAGAAAAGCCAUAUAAACAGUAAGAGGCACAAUAAACUACUUUUGUGAGAUUA